CCACCAUGAACCUCCCUCGAGCGCGAACCGCUAUCCAUCUCACUCUGCGACUCUGCAAAUCCUCGACGCGCUCUGCUCGGAUCGUCGUCCUUCCGCGGGCCUACGCCACGCACGCGCAGAACGCUACUGUCAACCCCCAAGGAUCUGCUUCGGGCAGUAAGCCCACCGCUGCAUCCCUCCUCUCGGGCGCACUCGAUGGGCGACAGCGAUCAUCACGCAGGGAGGACUCGGCGGGUCCGUUCCAGCUGGGCCUGACGCCGCCUCGCGCAGAUGAGGUGCCCCCGGAAAAGAAGUGGUCUGAGCUGAGCGCCGGGGGGAAAGUAAUGCGCACGACGGCGCGCACGACGAACCUCGCGGUCAUCCUUGCCGGCGCGGGCCUCUCGAUCGUGCUCAUAUACGCCCUCACGUCCGAGCUCUUCUCGCGGAACUCCCCUACGGUGCUGUACAACAAGGCGUGCGACCUCAUUAAAGCAUCUCCCCAGGUGCACCAGUACUUGCAAGAACCGCUGGUCUUCCACAACCACCCACCAACAGUCUCCCGCCCGCGGCACCGAAACCACUAUGUAUCUUCACAGAUCUUCGUCGACUCCAAGGGCCGCGAACACAUGCUUCUCAACUUCUACGUCCAGGGGCGCGCACCGGGGUCUGCCCCGUCACUCUUGGAAUCCGACGAAGGCUUCUUUGCGACCGCCGCACAGAAAGCACAAGAGAAGGUGACCGCGCUGCAUGGGAUGUCAUGGGAUGAAGUGAAGGAGGAGGCGGAGAGGCGAGCGGAGGCCGUUCUGGAGAUGGGGAGGAGCGCAUUCCGGUUCCUGAGCGGGGAAGAGGUCGCGCGGGCGAAGCCCCCGCCUAUGCCGGUGCAGGAGCACAAGCAGGAGCAGGAGAAGAAGGGCUGGCUCUCGUCUGUUACCGGCUUGUUCUCGGGGAUCAAGGGCACUGCGCGGAGCUCUGCGGGAUCUUCAUCGGAAGCCUGGAACGGUCCUGCACUCACGGAAGGCGAAGUGCACGCGGACUUGGUUAUGAACGAUCAGGGACACUACGAGUUCCGCUACCUGCUCAUCGACAUGCCUAACUCCAACAUGAGGAAUCCGCGUCGAGUCUUCGUCCACAGAACAGAGGGUGUGCGGGAGACGGAACCAAUAGUGCGGUGGUACCGGUAGUCCCAUCUGCGAUCGCAGGCAGUCCGGGACAAGCACGUACUUUAUGUCUCUCGUAGUCAACACUCACCGCUCAUACUGUCGACGGCACGGUUGGGGUAUACGACCGUUGUACAUGUAUCGAAUCUAAUACAAUACAGAUGCAAAGCGUCCAGGGUGGCGGAGGGCUCAGUAUUGAGGCGUUUAUUCUCCGAAGAGCUUCUGUACGCGCUUGAGUAUAGAGUCCUUGCUGGGAUCGUAUGGGUGGUCCUUGGAAGGGAUCUCGAGCAGCGCCGGAAAUGCCUCUUGGAACUUGUCGACCAUGGGGCGGAUCUUCUCUGCGACGUGUUGGUUGAUGAGGAGUAUCGCAAUAUCCUUCCGCUGGGUGAACUCUUCGAAGGCGGCCUCGAUGGCUGGUACGUGCGUCUUGCUGUCCACGACGAGGAAGUUCUUCUUCUGGUUUUGACCGACGUUGCCGAUACCCGCUAGGAGCAUGCCCGUUACCGUGUCCUCAUCCCCGAUCACGGCGAGGAGAUUCCUCUCCUGCGAAGCCGUCGACAUCGUGUGCGGUCGCGAU